AUGAAAUUUGUUAAGACAAACUUUGAAAUUUUCGUGAUUUUAACAAUUCUGAUCGUUGUGGCAUCGGUGACAACAUCAAAAGCUAAAGCAUAUAAAAGAGUCGUGAUUCAUGUACCAUUGAAAGUGAAGCAUCAUCAUCAUACACACACGGUGGUCAAACAUGUACAUCAUCAAGUUCCGAUACAUUAUGAUCAUCACGAUGUUCAUGUUGUUCAUCCAGAAUCGCAUCAUCACGAAGAUUAUGACGGUGACUAUCAUUUAUCUUCUGGACGUCCCUCUGACUCCAUCCUAGGUGAUCUGUCAUCAUCCUAUGGUGAUUUAGAUUACGAAAGAGGCAAUCAUUACAAAAGCUUCGAGAAAUUUCUCCGAAAGCAAUCAAAAAAGAAGCAAAAGCUUUUCAACAACAUGGUAAUUGGAUGGAAAGGACGAAGUGACUUUGACAAAAUUGCUUCUGAAUAUUUGCAAUCAAUAAAGAAGCAGCGAAUGCCAGAAAGCGACGAUUAUCACGAUCAAUAUGCAAACUAUGAUGAUGAGGAAAGGAAGAGAAAGCGAAAGUGA